AUGGACAAAGAGAAAGACUACAACGAAGAGCUGCCAAUGUUGAGUGCAAAAGAUUUGCUAGAUUUCAAAAAGGACUUACUGGCCACAGUUUACAAUCAGACGAAUACCCAGCUACUCAUCUAUCAACGUGGCAAGUGUUUGAAAACCUCCUUGCAAAUGAAAAAUAGAAAACCUUCGAGGCCACCCACAGUGCUGCUAAAUGAUGAACCCAUGCCUGCGGAAGACAUACUGGAUGACAUUAAGUUGGAUAAGGAAUUGGAUGCAUUGAGGAACAUCUAUGAAAUUGCCUACCAUGAACUUUCCAAGAAGAUUACAACCACAACCGCAGAAGAAGGUGAAGGCGAAGAGGGUGAGGAAAAUCCUCACAAAAAUCUGAUAAGUGCCAUAGAGGCACGCAAGCAAAAUAGUAAUGAAGUGGAUGUGAUCUCCAAGGAGUUGCGUGAAAAUAAGGCCACUUUAAAACAACUCAAGGACCAAUUAAAAGCCGAGAAACUGGAAGCCGAUGAAAAACUCACCGUGCAAAGUGAACGUUUGGAAUUGCUGCGUGAUCAGUUGCGAAACAUAAAACGUCUCAAUGACUUGGAGUGUCGUUUGGUCGAAAGAUGGGAAGCUAACCGCCUCUCACAAGCCCAAAUAAUGGGUGAGAACGAAGAGAGAGCCCUCAUGAGGGAAAUCGUACAAUUGCAUCGCAGUUUGGCGGGCGAACAAAGACUCAUUUGCAAAGUUGAGGCAUUUCGCAAGAAUGAAGCUGCCCAGCUACAGGAAAAAAUUGAUCAAUGGGAAAAGAAAUUCCAGGAAGAAAAAGCCAAGAUUCUUUUUAAAAAUCUCAAACUCAGCAAAAGUAUUGCGGACAUACUAAAAACCCAUGAGAAAUUGUCGGAAAUUAAACAUCAGCGCAGAGCUUUCGUCCGGGAGUAUUUGGUGCAGAAAGAGGAGGAGCGGCGGCUGUAUGAGGAGCAAAUGUAUAGGGUGCUAUGUGCAGUGCGUAUACAGGCCUGGUGGCGUGGCACAAUGGUGCGAAAUGGUUACGGACCGUUUAGAAAGAAAUCGAAAAAGGGUAAAAAGUCAAAGGGAAAGAAAUAA